CGUUUGAAUUGGAAAGGAUCAUCAGUCAGCUUUUGAGUGUGCACAGUUGAAGAGUAGCAUAUCACAGACAGUUGCAAUCCAGCAUCAUGUUUCUCUCUCUUUUGGUUUAUUUAACUGCGCUAUGCGCAAUCAGACCAGUGUCCAGCAGCUACGGCUUUCUACUACCCCAGCAGCCGAUCAAUUACUACCCCGCAGUUAAAGCGUAUUACGCCAACCCGCCAACUUACUACACCACAGCCAAGCCGCACUACACCACUGCCAAACCUUACUACCCCACCACUAAACAAUAUUAUACUACCCCAGCAGCCUAUUACACCACCCCAGCUCCUUAUUACACUACAACCAAACCUUACUACACCACCUCAGCACCUUACUACACCACCCCGAAACCCUACUACUCCGCCGCUCCGGCUUACACCACCAGCAAACCUUACACGGUCCAGCCAAGCUAUACCACCCAACCGACGUAUUACCAACCGAGUCAGCACACCACAGCCUACACCACGCCCUCUUAUUAUCCGGAGAAGUACGAAGGAGAUGACAACGGAUGGCACAAUUACGCAUUCAAAUUCAACGUCAAUGAUUAUUUCGGUAACGAGCAAUCGCGUAGCGAGACGCACGAGAACGAGUUAACUCGCGGAGAGUACACCGUUAACUUGCCGGACGGUCGCAAACAGAUCGUGACCUACGAAGCGGACGAGAACGGCUACAGGGCGGAUGUCUCGUACGAGCCGGCCGGGCAAUCCAACAGCGAUCAUUCCAAUUAUUACAGCACCUCGAAAUAUGAAGGCAACAACUAUUAUCAGACGACUCCAUCGUACAAUUCGGCUUACUGAAUUUGACUUUUGAAUGUGUGUACAUUUCCGAAUUGCGCGUGUGUUGACCAAUCAAAAAUAGAGCCGUGUGUACGAAAUCAA